AUGGAGAUGGCCUAUUGGCCGAAUCGUACCGUUCUGGCCCGCUUGAAGGGCAAGAACGAUGAGCCUUAUGCCAUCUUGGUGAAGAACGGCUCGGUGAACUUGGAGCCCUGGCCAGUAGGCCUGGAUUCAAAAUCACUGACAUUGCCUCGGCUGCCACGCUCCAACUCAAUGCCUGAGAUUGGCGAGCCACGCUCUCAGGCUCUCAGGUGGGGCAAGCCCUGGAACGAGCAAAGCGGAGAGAUGCUCAAGUUGCACCUCGGGAAGAAGUGUCUUCCUUGCUUCUUCUACCACCACAAGGCAGAUGGAUGCCGCAGGGGCGCAGACUGCGAUCGCUGCCACAUUUGCACCCUCCCGGAGAUGAAGAAGAGGAAGCUUCGUCUCCACAAGGCGCACAUGAGGGCGGCGCCUCGGUCUGCGACUGCUUCAUGA